AGCGGAUAGAAAGUGGAGCAGAAACAAAGGAGACGCGCACUCGGGCUUUUUCAACUGGUAAUGCUCUUACAGUAUUACAGGGAUGCCCAAGGAAAAAUAUGAUCCGCCAGAUCCAAGGCGAAUGUACACAAUAAUGUCAAGCGAAGAAGCAGCUAGCGGAAAGAAGUCAUACUGGGCAGAGCUGGAGAUCAGUGGUAAAGUCAAAAGUCUGAGCACAGCGUUAUGGUCCCUCACCCACCUGACUGCUUUGCACAUCAGUGACAACUCUCUCUCACGCAUCCCUCCUGACAUCUCCAAGUUACACAACCUGGUGUACCUGGACCUCUCGUCUAACAAGAUCAGGAGCCUGCCUGCCGAGCUAGGCAACAUGGUAUCUCUCAGGGAGCUGCUUUUAAAUAACAACCAGUUGCGAGUUCUGCCUUUUGAGCUUGGAAAGCUGUUUCAGUUACAAACACUGGGGUUAAAAGGAAACCCACUUGCACAAGACAUCAUGAACCUCUACCAGGAACCAGAUGGAACACGCCGGCUCCUGAACUACCUGCUGGACAAUCUUGCAGGCACAAAGCGUGUCUCCACAGAACAGCCUCCUCCUCGCUCCUGGGUACCUUUGAAGGAACCUGACAGGACGCGACCAGCAGCCCUGUUCUCAGUAAUGUGUUAUAACGUUCUGUGUGACAAGUACGCCACACGCCAGCUCUACGGUUACUGCCCUUCAUGGGCUCUCAACUGGGAAUACAGGAAGAAGUCCAUCAUGCAGGAGAUCCUGAGUUGUGGUGCAGAUAUCAUCAGUCUACAGGAAGUGGAGACAGAGCAGUACUACAACUUUUUCCUGGUAGAGUUGAAAGAGCAAGGUUACGAGGGCUUUUUCAGUCCCAAGUCUCGAGCCAGGACCAUGUCCGAGUGUGACCGCAAACAUGUGGACGGCUGUGCCAUCUUCUAUAAGACGGAAAAGUUCAGCCUGGUGCAGAAACACACGGUGGAGUUUAAUCAGCUGGCCAUGGCUAACUCUGAGGGCUCAGAGGUCAUGUUGAACAGGGUCAUGACCAAGGACAACAUUGGAGUCGCUGUGCUGCUGGAGCUGCGCAAAGAGAUGAUUGAGCAAUCAGGGAAGCACUUGUCUGGCAUGGAGAAGCAGCUACUGCUGGUAGCCAACGCCCAUAUGCACUGGGACCCAGAGUACUCUGACGUGAAGCUGGUACAGACCAUGAUGUUCCUGUCAGAAGUGAAAAACAUUGUGGACAAGGCCACUCGCAGCCUCAAGCUCUCCUCUGUAUCCGGGGAGACCAAUGCCAUCCCACUCGUCCUGUGUGCUGACCUUAACUCAUUGCCAGACUCGGGAGUGGUGGAGUACCUGAGUACAGGUGGAGUGGACAGCACACAUAAGGACUUUAAGGAGCUGCGUUAUAUCGACUGUCUGACCAACUUCAACUGUAACGGAAAGAACGGCACAUCCAGCAGCAGGAUCACGCAUGGCUUUAAACUGAAGAGUGCCUACGAGAACGGCCUGAUGCCUUACACCAACUACACCUUUGAUUUUAAGGGCAUCAUCGAUUACAUCUUUUACUCUCAGCCUCUGCUGAACGUGCUUGGAGUGCUGGGCCCUCUGGACCCCCACUGGCUCAAUGAGAACAAUAUCACUGGCUGUCCGCACCCCCACAUCCCCUCCGAUCACUUCUCUCUGUUUGCACAACUCGAGCUGCUCCUGCCCUACUCGCCCUUGGUCAACGGGCUGCACGUGCCUGGCUGCAGGUAGUUCUCCGAUCCAGCAGAGGGAGCUCUCGUCCCUCUGAGCAGGAGGUCAAGGAGGAAAGCCCAUUGUGUAUAAAUGUCAAGGAGGAGACGGGGUAUUGCUAAACUUUUAUUCCCGAUGGAUUUUAACUGACGCAGACGUUUGGCAGUCUUACCUGUAUCGCCCCUUUGUUUGGUUUGUUUCUUUUUUUGGGCACAAGUUAUAAUGUUCUCUACUAUUUUCACACUGUAUCCCAAACCAGAUGGUGUACUUUGUAUAUUUUACCUAGACAAUGGUUGAUGCUUUUAUAUCAAAUACGGCAAUACCUUCUCACACAAGCAGGGAGUCCUGACCAAGCAAGCUCAUCAGAUCUCUAUUUUGGUCCGUGCCAUUUUUGUGAGGCCAGUAAAGAGCGAGCAGCUAAAUUCGAUAGGAAUUGGUAAUCGCACCAGCGUUCCAGCGAGUCUGUUGUCAUUCUGUAAUGCCCUCCACACAGAGGGCAGCUUAGAUGUGCGCAGCAGCUCGUUCGGACUCGAUUUUUUGCACUCCAUAUGGUGCUGAGGCUUCUCCUGGUGCAGCGGAUUAGUGCUGUCGCUAAUUCACCAGCCUCGGACACUCCAUCUCGAGAUUAGAGUGCAGUGCCCAGUGUUUUUAGCUCACGGUCUGAGGGUGUACAGUAUCAACACAGGUGCAGUCAAUAGAAACGAUCAAUUGGAAAGCUGGGAUUAGGCAUGCAGUAACGGGAGUGCCGCUGAAUUAAACGCUUAGUAUGCUGCGAUUAGUGAACCACGCACAAGCUCAGUCACUUGGCUCUAGCCACCCUCACCAAAAGGCUCCAUAAUACAGUUUGCCCGUUUUCUUUCUUUUAUGUUUGGACUCCAUGUGAUUGAUUGUAUACAAAUUCUACACAUGCUGACUUUGUGUACAUACCAAUUCUCAUUUGAACGAAUGAUUGUAUUGUGAAUGAAUGGGGAAUUUCUAUCAGUUUUCAGUGUCCCCUAACAUGCAAUGAUCAGCAUGUAUUUAAACCAAUUUUUAUGAUUUGCUGUAGAAAUUUGCACUCGUCCAGGUCUUUUUGACCCCCCCUUAAAAAAAGAAACCCAAAUUAAUUAACUAUAAUUUGUGUUUUUAAUGCACAGAGCCCGGUGUCUUUGCUCAUUUUUUCCCAUAAAAGCGUACAACAUUGUGCCUCAUCACUUCUUUCCUUCAAGUGCACUGCCACUUCUCCCCCUGGAUACCUGAACAUGUUGUUUUAUUGUAAUAGCUAACCUUCUGUCCCCCUUUAGCUACUUUAAUAAUUGGCUUCACUGUCAUUCUUUUUUUCUUUCUUCCUUGCUUGGUUCAAUUUCCGCAAUCCCCAAGUUCCACGAUUUUACUGCCACUUUGUCCCUCUUGACUCAGGCGAUUUCUUACAUUCGGUUGUAGCUUGGUUUGCGUUGCUUAUACUACUGCUAGUUCGCAGCCGUCUCCUUGUUUGUGUUGUGCCAUCUAAAUCUGCAUUUUGCUGCAAGGCCAAGUGUAAAUCUCCAAGUCCGUCUACUGUAAAAGCCGACGUUUGUUUUUGCUGCGUGAGUACCGUGGGUCUAAGCUUGUUUGGUUCUCUUUAAACCAGGAUCUUUCACUGAUGUGCUUCAAAGCCAAUCAUUAUUUUUUUUUUUUUGGUAAAUGUUUUCGUUCUAAGUUUGUCAAGUUUUUAAAUGGAAUGGAUUGACAAGCACUUAUUGUAUAUCACUAGUGCAGCUACCCAUGUCCCCCUUUUUAUGAAAAGCUUCGUUUGCCAUGAGGCAGAGAUCAGUUUUAAUGAUUCGCUGAGCAGUGGAUAAGGCAUUAUAAAAUGGUCCACGCCGUCCCACUCUCUGGUUCUCCCUUUUAUUUCCCUGUUUCUCUUGGUCUCUUUCAUACCUCUCUGGGUUGUUUUUAAUCUAAAGCAACAUGUCUGGUUGUUCUAUUCAAUUGCUGAUGGUGUUGUAGCUGAAAAGAGAAUUUUCCUUUUUUUUCUUAUUUGUAAAGUGUGAAUAAAUUAUGUAUCACGUUUCCUUUCUUUUACAUGAAUUGUGCUGUGUGUAUCAUGAUUAUCUAAUGGUUGUUUUGUCUGUUUUCAUUUUGUUUGCUUUUUUGUAAUACUCAGAACCAAAACUUUUGUAAACAUGUUGGCACACUGAAUUCUAGAUUUAUACGGUUGCUAACGUUCACGUCGAGAUACUUUUUAGUGGAAAAAAAUUCAAUGAAAUCUAGAGAAAUCACAGAAAUAAAGAGCUGUCGUUUGUCACCAAUCGUGAUUUCUUUCAGCUUCAUGUGGCAUUUUUACCAGGCCGACGAGCAUGUGUUUGAUAAGCUUUAGAUAGUAUGAAGCGUAGCGGGCAGCACAGCCCUUUGUUUCCUGCUCUGUGUUGUGUAUCUCUCGUCGAAGCUGGUUCCCCAGAAUCUCACCAGGGCAAAAGUGAAAAGCUUUGAGUGGAAAUGUAGGGUGUAUUGUGAGCGUUUUUAGCCUUUGAAAUCAACACGCUAGCUCUUUACGCUCGGCUCUCUUUUGCAAAGCCAGUCGUUUCUGGUUCAACACGGGUUCAGUUCUAAUCGUUCCUAUUAUUUUAAUCAAAAUAAUAAUCCGUUCAGAGGGUGUCAGGAGCUGGUAGCAAAUUAAUUAGCACUCGAAACUUGGCAAUAACAGCUUUUCUUCUUUUACAGCAGUUCCAGGCUUUUUUUUUUUUUUUACUUACUCAAAUGAUUGAAGCGGAAAUGUCUGGCUUUACCAGAGAGUUUCUCUUUCAUUUUGCUGUUUCAUGUCUCUUUUCCUUUCUCACUGUCAGUAGGAGUAGUCACACAGAGGUCAGGAUUGUGGUUGAAUCAGAUGGACGUCUAUAAGUAUUUAGGUAAUGUCACUAUAUGAUGCACUGGACCAACUCUUGUUUACCAUUUAUGGAAUACCAGCAAAACACUUGCACAAUGUUUUAAAAAGAAUGUUGAAUAUAUAAAUAUAUAUUAAAAAUAUACAUACAAAAAUUAUGGCAGCUGUUUUUAUUCUAAUCUUAAAAAAGUGUUUUAACAAAAAGCCUAAUGGUAAACAAGGCGUUUUGGGUUUUACUUUUCUUCUCCAGUUCUCUUGGUUCUUCUCUUCUGAGUAGUGAUGUGUUUUUAACAGGGUCAGCUUGUUUCCUCUACACCUCUGUAUUUUUUCCUACCCAUGGUCAAAAUAAAUUCUACAUUUGUUUCAA